CAUCAUGUUCGUUUCCAAACGUAAACUUGCUGUAAUGACACGGUGUUUUAAUAGUUUAUUUUAAAAUGCAAUCCAUUAUUAGAAUAAAAUAGUUCAAAUCUGCGUAAACUACAAUCUUCUAAGUGUUAUAAAUGCCCUUCUAAUUGAUCACAAUGGCUGUGGGCACGAGCAAAGUGGUUCAAGUGACGAACAUCGCACCCCAAGCGACCAAAGAUCAAAUGCAAAUACUGUUCGGGUAUUUGGGAAAAAUCGAAGACAUCCGGCUGUACCCCACCAUAAGGGACGUUUCGUGCCCCGUUCAAUCGCGCAUUUGCUACAUCAAAUUCGUGGAGAGCACCACCGUAGGCAUAGCACAGCAUAUGACCAACACGGUUUUCAUCGAUAGAGCUCUGAUCGUCAUACCGGUAUCCAGCGGGGAGAUUCCCGAUGAGUAUUACGCUUUGGAGAUGACCAAAAACGGCGCCAUAGUGCCCGGUUUGACUCCCACCGACCCAAAAUUACCCCCGCACGUCGUCAACAGUACCCACAAAAUAAACGGCGAGCAGGUCAUAAUAACCACCGAACCGACUCUACAUUCUAGCGGUCUACCGCCGUACCCUCCUCUACCAUCCAACUACGACGCCGCUAAAAUCGAAGAAACCAGACGCACGGUCAUCCUUCUAAACUACGAUUCCUCCUCGAUGACCAUCGACAACGUCAUAGACUUCUUCAACGUGGCCGGAGAGGUGAAAUACCUGAGAACCUGCAAGCAGGACUCCGCCGACGCCACGCACAUGCUCGUCGAAUUCUCCGACCAAUCCAGCAUCGUAAACGCCCUCAAGUUGAACAGAAAAGAACUGAACGGCAAAGUGGUCGAAGUCCAACACGCCACCCAACCGAUAGCCAAACCGCAAGCGAAGAGCAACGAAGCCGCUCAGAAGGAAAUCGAAGAAGCCAUGUCGAGGUUCAAAGAAGCCCAGAACAUGAUCAACGCCUCGAUAGAACCCGUAAUCGGUAUGCUCACGAAAGAUAAACGGAGCACCCGACGAUCGCGGUCCAGAUCCAGAAGCAGGCGGCGAAGAUCGCGCUCGAGGUCCAGGAAGCGAUCGAGAUCGAGGAGACGGUCGAGGUCCAGACGCAGGUCGAGGUCGAGGAGACGGUCCAGAGAGCACAAGAGGCGGUCGAGGUCGAGGGGCCGGCGACGGUCCCGGUCGCGGUCCAGGCGCUCCCGAUCCAGGAGCACCAAAUCCAGACGGUCGCGGUCGAAGAGCCGGAGGAGGAACCGCAAGAGCAGAUCGAGGGACAGGUCGCCGCGGAAAUCGCGCGAUCGCGACAGGAAAUCCAGGGACGUGUCGAGGGACAGCAAGCGCAGCAAAGAUAAGGAGAAAGACAAGGAGAGGGAGAAGAAGUCGAGCGAACGGGAUUCCGCGGAAAAGGACAAGAGCGUGAGAGUGUCCAGAGAAAAGAAGGUCGAUAAGGAAAAUAACGCGGAGGAGAAGCGAAAGUCGCGCUCGAGAAGCAGGGGCAAACGGUCCAGAUCGAAAGAACGUCGAACAAGAGAUCGUAAAAGGUCGAGAUCGCGAGGUGGUCGUAGAAGAACUCCGUCGCCCCGCGUCGUUAGAAAGAAGAGCAGGUCGAAGAGUAGAGGUAAAGACCGUAAGAGGGACAAGAAGGGCGAGAAGCGCGAGAAAGAGAGGGAUCGCAAGGACAAGCGUUCAAAGUCUAAGGAGAAAGAAAAGGAUAGGGAGAAGAAAUCUCGAUCGAGGUCUCGGUCUAGCCGUUCUACGAGGUCGCAUUCUAAAGUGCCCAGAAAUUAUGAUGAAGAGGAGAAAGGAUUCGAUGCGGAGAAGGAUAAGUCGAAGGAUAAAGAGGUCGAUCAGGUUGUCGAGAGAGGAUCGCCGGAGAAGUCUGAUAACAUGGACAUUUCUAAUUCUCCUUAGUUUAAGAGGUUUGAAUGGUUGAUUAAACAAUAUGGUUUCUUAUUAGGAAAACAUUUUCUGUUUUGUUUUUUAUUGUAUGUAAUUUCCUAUUUCAUUAAAGUCUACACGAUUUUAUGCAUCUACUUCUGCUGUAAAGAUCAAUUUUUCCCUAUAAGCCUUUAUUUUCCAAUAGUUAAACGCGCAAAUACCUUAAAAAGUAAUUAAUACGAAAAUAUAGCUAAAAUUCAUAGCCUCAUUAAACAUAUAUUAGAUAUUCAUCACAAUAUUGUACAAUUAUUUCUUUAUGCUAAUAACAAUAUAAUAUUAA